AUGAGUGCCCGGGAGAAAUGGACACAGACAUGGACACGAUCUGCUCACCGCAAUUGUCAUUUGUGGGAUGCGCUGGACGUGGUUGACCUUUUACGCUUUUACGCCGGCACUCGGAAUUUGGAUCCGGAUACGGUCAGCAACGUGACCCGCCGUAUAAGUACCGUUCCCUCCUCGCUUCCCUCGACCCUUUCUCCUUCUACCACCCAUCAAAAGCUUCAGUUCGUUAGCAAUCGUCUUCAAGUCGUUCAAUUCAAUCUUCGAUCACACUCUCUGAGGCGUGGUCUGAUAAAAACCGUCAAAAUUUUCGCCACACUUCUUAACUCGCGGCACCACCCGUUCAACGGCCGGCGCUCAUCCAACCGUGGUGGGGCACCGGACUACGCAUUAUACGUCCAGUAA